CUGGGAAUACCGAAUAGAAUGAGGGAUGGACGGCCCCAACGGAUUAAUUCCACGGUACUGCGUAGCGUAAAGUUUUACGAGCCUCCACAGUUCCCGAAGCUAGUGCAGAGUACGCAACAUGCCGUCAACUUGCUGUCGUGACGCUCUGUCAGGCUAUCAAUCAACUGGAUCGAUAUUCCAAGUCGACAGCGAACCGUAUCGUGUCUGGUCUUACGCGAAUUGCAGCAGCCUGUCGUGAGGAUAUUUACCCAAUAGCGAAUGAACUAAUGGAGCCUCUGCUUCCUGCAAUGCUAGACGGAUCUCAAUGGGGCAAGUUCCUGCGUCUUCGUACUGAAGCUAUCGCCACUGUGCUCGUUGGUUGUGCUGAGAGUGAUGACUUCCGGGUGGAAAAUCAUCCGUGGAUCAGCGACUUCAUCAGUUUCCUCCUGGAUCCCGUGGUUUCGUCCGAGAAUGUGCAUUCGUUCCUGAUUCUCUGUGGAUUAAUCCGAGAAGAACGUAAACUGCUUCUCCACGUGGUGUCAUUCUGCAAGACGAACCCACAGACUGUCACCCAGACUUUACACGAACCUCUCUCUCGCUGGCCUCUGUACGAAGAGGACGUCGAGCUGGUUCUCGUCACUCUCGAGUUGUUGGAGUCGCUUCUUAGCGUCAAUUCUCUUCGAGAUUCAGUGGAUGUGGAUGUGAUUUACGCUACGAUCUUACAGCUUUCGGAAAACGCUGCAAGUGAAGGUUUAGAUGCGAUUUCGACAGUUUGCAAGCAAGUUAUCGCUUCCCUGGGAUCUCAUUAG